AUGAACCCUAGUCUAUUUGAUAAUGCUCUAAAGGAAAGUAAAAUUGAUAUUUAUGACUAUAAUGAAUUCACCAUUUUAGAAAAAAUUGGUAAAAGCAAUUCUGGUUAUGUAGAAAAAGCACUUUGGAAAAGUAAUGAACGGAUAGUUGCCCUAAAGAGUUUGAAAGUUGAAAUGGAUCUAAGUGAAGAUGUUAUUCGAGAAUUUGUUGUAGAGAAUAAUUCGUAUAGGCAUUGUCUCGUAGGAAAUACAUGCGAGAAAAGUGGACACAGUGAUGAAUAUAUUGCUGAAAAUUACAUUCAAUGCUGUUGUGGG